UCUCCGCGCACCGUCCUGCAGCCCAACCAGCAGCGGCCCGCUCCGGAGCUUCGCAAGGCUCGCAGCCAUGGAGCACAGGGAGGUGAUCAUGUACACGGAGAUCGGUUGCUUCGUCCUCUGCGUCUCCGGCUGGAUUCUUAUGUGCUCCACCAUGCCCACAGAGUACUGGAACUACUCGACGGUGGACGGCAUCGUCCUCACCACAGCCAACUACUUCUCAAACCUGUGGAAGGACUGCAUCUCCGACUCCACGGGGGUGUCCGACUGCAAGGAGUUCCCCUCCCUGUUGGGUCUUGACAUGUACAUCCACGUGUGCCGGGCGCUGGUCAUCACAGGAAUCAUCCUGGGCUUUUUCGGCGCCGUCCUCGCCCUGGUCGGGAUGAAGUGCACCAAGAUCGGCGGGUCAGACAUCACCAAUGCCAGGAUCACGUUUGCAGCGGGAAUGAACUACAUCAUUUCUGGACUCUGCGGCAUGAUUGCAUUCUCUUGGUAUGGCAAUAGAAUCAGAGAGGAGUUUGUGGAUCCUAAUUUCAAGGCACAGAAAUACGAGAUUGGAGCUGCCGUGUUUAUUGGCUGGGGGGGCUCCACGUUGCUCAUCGUCGGAGGGUUUGUUUAUAGCAUCUUUGCUGGGAAGGAGGGACUGGGUUCCAGAUCCAAGAGCCUAAGCAAGCCCAUCUCUUCCGCCUCCACUUUGUCCAGACAGGUAUAUGUGCCAGGCAUACCGGAGCAGGACCUGGAGAGCCGGAGGGGAAAGGCAAACCGAUACUUCAGCAGAGACGCUUAUGUGUGACCCAGCAUGGGACCCAGAAUCUGUACAAAGGGACAAGGAUGCCAAGGACGUUCCCAAAGCCGUGCC